AUGGACAAGGGAAUGUACCCGACCUACUACCUCCAUCUGGAGUACAUGGAAAGGGACGACAAAAAGAGGGUCAGUUUGUCGUUUCUCGAAUUUUUAUAUUUAAGGUUUUUAUUUAAAAAACAUAAAAAGUCUCUUUUAGUUAAUUAUCUGAAAUCAAAUAGCUACUCGGGCAAAGUUGGAAUGGUGGAUAAUGGCUGGUAAAAGGGAGAGGCUCAAAAAAGGCCGCAGAAAGGCAGCGAAAAGGCACCAAAAAGAGUCCCUUUAUCGAGUCUUCCAUUUUUCUGGGGUUUUAAAGGCUCGAGAAAUAGUGAAAAAAGGAAGAGGCAGCAAAAAUGGUGCAAAAGGGCUGAGAAAAUGGAGCAAAAAGGCAGCAAAAAGGGAGCCUUCAUCACCCUAAAAGGAACAUUUCUAUGGAGCCUUUAUAACCCUCAGAGGGUCCUUCCGACUUUUCCUAUGUACAUGUUUGCCUCAAAACUUGCAGAUUUUCCUUCUGGCGGCUAGGAAAAGAAAGAAGAGCGCGACGGCCAACUACUUGAUCUCAACGGAUCCGACGAAUUUGGCUCGCGAGGGUGAUCAUUUUAUCGCCAAAGUUCGGUAAGUCGAAUUUAUACUCUUCGUUUGGACUAGUAUGAAAAGAAUGAUUGAAAAUUGAUGAAAAGGGAGUUUUGAACGUAAAAAUGCAACUAAAAUUUCGAAAAUUUCAAUUCCACAUGGAGCGCACAAGUUAGGCAGCUUGAGCCGCUUUUUUUUCCACAUAUUUUGGGGGAACUGAUUUUUUUAAAAUCGAUAUGAAAUUCUGUUCAAAUAGUUAUACUAUAAGCAGAAGAAUAACGAAAUUUAAUUUAUAAUAUUUUUUUAAAUCUUUUUUUGUGUUAUUCCCCUUCAUUUUCAAUUUUUUUAUAUGGUAAAUUUUUUUGACGUAUUUUUUUGAAGCAAUCAUUUGAAUAAGUCCAAUAAUAAAUCUUCUUUUCAAAUUUUGCAUGAAGGUUCACAAAAGAGAGCCGAAUUUAUGCAAAAAAGAAUACUAUAGCCUUUUUCGUAAUCGUUUCUACGUGAUUUUCAAGUUUUUCAUAUGAAAAGGGCUCAAAUUUGAUAAUAAACUAGAUUUUAAUUUUGAAAAUGAACCUGGAACUUCGAAAUUAAUUUUUUAAAGCCCGCAAUUUUGGUAGUUUAAGGCUUUCUUUUCCGUAUAUCAACAUAUUUGGCUCGUUUCAACUGAUAGUUUUUUUUUUCUGAAAUUUUUGUAAGCUUUCACUUAAGAACCCCUAUAGAGGUUAGGGGAGAAGAUAGUCCCUAUAGGGACCACUCUGGAGCUGCCAAAACACAUUUUUGAUAUUUUCAUCAAUCCCUACAGAUCGAACGCCCUCGGAACUCAGUUCACUGUGUACGACCGCGGAUGUAACCCCAAAAGGACGGCGGAUCCCUUGACGAUUCGUCAGGAACUCGCCUCCGUCAUUUAUGUGAGUCUGACACCGUAGGUGUGAGUAGCAUGAAGCCUUAUUUGUUUUCGAAAAGUUCCAAAACUCAAAGACUUCUGUUCGCCUUUAAAAGUGGGUUUGAGUCAGAUUCGAGCAAAGAGCAAAAAUUUUUGAUAUCAAUAGAAAAAAAAGAAAAGAAAAGCCUUCUUUUUAUCUAUUUUUAUACUUCGAUUACCAUGACCGCACGUGGAAUGGCUCAAUGCGUGAAAGCUUCCUGAAGGAGCUCCCGACCUGAAACUACUUGCGCCGAAAACUUCAAAAUUUGAAGCCAUCUGUAGACCGCAACCCUUUGAGUCAUUCCAAAUGUAACCACAGUUUUUUUUGUGAAUAAGAAGAAAUAAGAAGGAUUAUUAAGGGAAAGGCAGAGAUUACUGUAGGAAAACUUUAAAAAAAUAUCUUCCAGAAAAUCCUUAAGAAACCCUUUUCAAAGACGACAAAUAAGCGGAUAAUAAACUUUCUAGGAGCUCUGCCCAUCUUUCUUUUCUUGUCCUAGAUAUGAUCAUUUUCCCGUUUUUCAAAAUUUUUCAAACCUUUUUUUUUGUUCCAAACGAUUUCGAAAAACUCGAGAACAAUUAUUUCCAGGAAACCAACGUCUUGGGCUUCAAAGGACCACGGAAAAUGACGAUUCUGAUUCCUGGACUUUACGACAACUCGGUUCCACAGAAGUCCGGCCUUACGGUAAUAUAUCUGGCACGGGAAGUGCGAAAGGUCGAGAUAUUGGAAUUUGAUAAAUUUUGCCUUUUUUGCGUACAAACUUUGAGGUCCCAUAACUCGACUAGAACCAAAAAGGCGCAAUUUUCUAAACUUCUUUGGAUUCGGAAUGUUUGAAAGUACCUAUAUACAAAGUUUCAUCAAAUUCCAAUACCUCCACCUUUUGCACUUCCCGUGAGAGUAAUUCUCAUUUUAAAAUUUCUCAGCCCAACGACGAAAAAGAGCUGUUGGUGAGGAAGAGCAUUCGGCCUGUUGUGGUAAUUAUUCUUCGGAUUACUGUAUAUUCCGAAUUUUCGUUGCAGGACCGAGACACGCUCAUCGAACGUUACCGGACGAAGAACACCUCGGAUCUGGUUAUCAUGAACAACAAAAAUCCAAUCUGGAAUGAAGGUUUUGAUUGAUUUCAAGGAUUAUUUUGAAAGAAAAAAAGAAUUUAGAUACGCAGUCCUACGUGCUGAACUUCCAUGGGAGAGUCACCCAGGCCUCCGUCAAGAACUUCCAGAUUGUCCAUGAAGCCGAUCGUCAGUUUUUACAGAGCUCGAAAAAACACUUGAUUGACUGCGAAAGUUUUUAGUGACCACUAUAGAUGUUUGACGUUUUAGUGGGCACUAAAUGGGUUGAAAAUUAGUGGCCUUUUUAGGGGUUUAAGUGCUACUACUAAACCAAAAACAGUUUUAGUGGCCACUUUAGCGGUCAAUGGAUCAUCAUAACUGGUCCAAUCUUUUUGUUUUUAAAUUAUCAGAGUUACUGGGAGGAAUACUGGAUGAAAAACUACUGAAAUGGCCACUACAUAGAGAGCUUCUAAAGUGGCCACUAAAACGGAAAAUAGUGGCAAUUAUAGAGUUGGGUUUAGUGGCCACUUUAGUGUCCUCUCCAAGUAGUCCUUGGCAAGCCUCUAUAGUGGCCACUAAAAUUUUUCCCAGGACCUGUGUUUAAAUUUUUUCACUAAAAAGCGCUAAUUAUUUGAGUUUUCCUGCUCCCCUAGAGUGGCCACUCUAGCAAGCUUUUGGGGGCCCGAAGAUUUCCCUAUAAGGACCACUCUGAUCUUCAUAAAUUUCUAUCAGAGAAUCUUCUAUACGUAGAAUAAUUUUUUCAUUAAUUUAACACCUUAAGUGACCACUAAUGUCACUACUAUAGGGCCCAGUAAAACCUCAAACCCUAUAAUGGCCACUUAAGAUUUUCCCACACAACCUUUAUAAUUGAAAAAAAUUUUUGUUUUCGAUUAAAAGUCAUAAUUUAAACUCGAACAGCUAGACUCAAUUUUGAAAAAAAUCAAAAGAAGAACCAUUUUCUACUUGCAGAAGAGUACAUCGUGAUGCAGUUUGGUCGCGUCUCCGACGAACACUUCACGAUGGACUUCCGUUAUCCGCUGUCGGCGCUUCAGGCCUUCGGAAUCGCCAUGACGAGCUUCCACGGGAAAAUCGCCUGCGAAUGA